ACCUGGUUACCAAGCGCCCUGAUUAAGUUGUUCAAAAUGGCGGCUUCUUGAGAAGGAUUUUGGCCGAAAAAUUAUACGAAGAGGAAAAAACAUGGAUGAUAGAUUGAAGAAGAUGAAAGAAAAGUCGAAGCUUCGACGACAACUUCUUGCGCAACAGCUUGGUGCAUCAGGAGGUGAUUCCAUUGGAGAACUACUGACCAGUAGAGAGGAACAAGAAAGCAAACGGCUCAAGUUCACAGGAGAACAGAAGGAUGACACACAUCAAUCUGGAGGUUAUCCAAAAGCCUCAGACAUUGCUUUGCCUGGUGUCCCUGCAGGUCCAACCAAGGUGUUGAUAUCAAGAGAAAAGAAAAGAGAAGGUAAAAGCAUUGCACAAGAGAAUACUGAAGACUCAGAAAACAAUAAAGACGACUAUGAAGGGGAAGAUGUUGAGGAAGUUGUGUACAAAGAUUCCAGCCACUUCUUGAAGGGAACACAAAGUGCCAACCCUCACAAUGAUUACUGUCAGCACUUUGUUGACACAGGACAGAGGCCUCAUAAUUUCAUCCGAGAUGUGGGACUUGCUGAUAGGUUUGAAGAAUAUCCUAAACUCAGGGAACUUAUCAGACUUAAGGAUGAGAUCAUUUCAGAAAGAGCUACUCCCCCAAUGUAUCUUCAGUGUGACUUGGAUAUGUUUGAUCUUGAUGACCUUGAAUGUAAGUUUGACGUGCUGUACAUUGACCCACCCCUGGAGGAAUAUCAACGACGUGCUGCUGGUACUACCUUCAACUGGAAACCGUGGACCUGGGAUGAGAUUCUUAAGCUAGAAAUAGAAAAAGUAGCUGCUCAGCGCUCAUUCCUGUUUCUUUGGUGUGGCUCACAUGAAGGACUUAAUGAAGGGAGAAAGUGCCUAAAGAAAUGGGGCUUUCGUCGUUGCGAGGACAUUUGUUGGAUUAAAACAAAUAAAACCAAUCCUGGAAACACAAAAUACCUUGAACCUGAUGCCAUCUUUCAACACACUAAAGAACACUGUCUGAUGGGGAUAAAAGGAACUGUGAGAAGAAGUACUGAUGGAGACUUCAUUCAUGCAAAUGUGGAUAUUGAUCUUAUUAUCACUGAAGAGCCUGAACUUGGGAGCACAGAAAAACCAACUGAGAUAUUUCACAUAAUGGAGCAUUUCUGCCUAGGAAGACGUCGGCUUCACCUGUUUGCUGUUGAUGAUACCCUAAGACCAGGCUGGCUAUCUGUGGGCCCCAGUCUUUCAAGUUCAAACUUCUCUGCUGAUUUGUACAACUCGUAUUUUUCCAGUGGACCAGAAGACCUUAUUGUGGGCAGCACACAAGAAAUUGAGACUCUUAGACCUAAAUCUCCCACAGGAAAACACAAGGGAGAUGCUGGAGGACGUGGGGGUGGUAAUGUGGCCACAAGGGGAGGGCCUGGUGCUCGGGGAAGGGGCAUGGUUCGUGGGGGGAUGAUGAGGGGAGCAGGAUUUCAAGGGAGGGGUGGGAGGGGUUUUGUGAGCUUUUCUGUAAGAUAG